AUCGGUCUUCCAGCUGUGCCAAAGUCAAUGAAAAGGCACACGUUUUUAGCGGGAGUUGUAGCGGCAGGUUUCCGGAGUAUGGCAAAGAUACUGAAGCUUCCAGUCUAUGCUUAGACAAUGGAGGACUGUACGGCAGCGGUACUUCGGGUAGCGGUGAUGUGUGGCCUCGUCGCAUUGGACCAAACCACGGCAUCGGUCGCCGUAAUGAAAGUUGCUGUAAGCGAAGGACAAUGUCUCUCCUCCUAUGGAAAGCUUGCAGCGGACCAGAGCUUCACUCCUCCGGGUGACUGCGCGCGCGUCACCUGUGACGCUCAGAAUGAAAUGCUGCACAUAGAAAGGUGCAUCGCUUCCAAUCAGCAAAUACCGCGCAGUGGACUUUCCAGUGAAGCAGCAGGCAACGCCAUGUCUUUUCCUGCAUGCUGUUCAAAGACGCUAGUCUGAAAGGAGAAGCACAACAAGCAGUGAAAAUUCCCUUCCUGUUUACCAAGCACCAUCUGGGAGAGCGCCAAGAUGAACUGAGGAAAUAAUAAAGGAACGUUA